UUGUGCUGAAGAGUGGCUGUGACAGAUUCAUCACCAUUGUAAGUAACAUUUGUUUCACUUGUGAAAUAUUGCAAAGAUGCAACAGCCAUAUAUAAAAAAAACCUUAUCUUAUAAACAUGAUGCAUUAAAAUGCAAAAUAGCAUCAAAUGUAACCGCCACUCUGCCUACUGACUACCGAUUCCAACCCCAUGCUAACCAUGUCUGCUCAAAUGUAAGCCUGGUGAGAAGAACGGUCUCCCUGUAGAGGUGGCGUUGAUGCUGAUGGUGUCCGAGCCACCUUGCUGCGAACACGUCCUGGAGCUCCUGGAAUGGUUCGACAUGCCCGAGUGCUACGUCUUGAUCCUGGAGCGACCCGCCCGCUGCAUGGACCUCUUCGAAUACCGCAGGAACGGCUCACUUCCCGAACGUCUGGCUCAGGUCAUCAUGUGGCAGGUGGUUCUCGCCGCCCGUCAUUGCCGUGAUCGCGGGGUUCUCCAUCGGGAUAUCAAGGAGCAGAACCUUCUGGUCAGUUUCGACACGUUAGAGGUCAAGCUCAUAGACUUUGGCUGUGGGGACUUGCUCAAGUCGACCCCCUACAGACGUUUUGCAGGCACCAUACUAUACGCCCCACCUGAAUGGAUCGAGGAAGGUAGGUAUCAUGGUUGCGCUGCAACGGUGUGGAGCCUGGGCGUCCUUUUGUUUGUUUUAGUGUGUGGAGAGCUGCCAUUCUGGAAUGAGAGGGAGAUUGCUGCUGGACAUCUGAUCUUCAAAGCUGGUGUGUCUAAGGCCUGCCGUCAUCUGAUAAGACGCUGCCUGGCCAAGGAUCCGAAUGAGCGACCCAGCCUCGAGAUGAUGCUGGAGCACAACUGGUUUUCAGAGAUCCUUAGGAACUAAGUCCAGGCACCUGUAUGGGUUUGUAGCAGACGGAUCAUGGCACAGGUCUGCUACAAGAACACAUCCAGAGGUUUUUAGCUGAGGUUCAGAUCACCUCCAUUCCUCAACACUGUGUACAUACCACGCCAGAUCAGAAAGAAAGCCCCAUCAAUGAACAAGUCUAACCUACUGGAAGAAGCAACCAGAUCAGAUUUGGGCCUAAGCACCUUGAUACCUGGCAGAAGAUGAAAUGACUUUGAGUCACCACAACAAUCUAUGAUCAACGACCACGUCUGUCGUCCAGAAAGCACUUUGACCUUCUCUGUGGUGGUGUAUGAGACGAGAGAUGAAACAAAACCAAUAAAAUAUUGAAUAAAACUGUGUUUGUA